AUGAAAGCAAAGAUCUUAAAGUUGUCAAAAAUGUUGACCAAAAAAGGUAAAGUGAACAAGGAAGAACCACCUUUGGAUCUCAUAGAAGCUUUUUUCAACUUCUCAAAUGGUGAAAACCACAUGUCAAAGGAUAAACUACUUGGAUUCAUGGUGGAAUAUCAAGGAGAACAAAACUGCACCUUAUUGGAUUUGGAACCAAUCAUUGAAAAGGUUUUGCAAAUUGGAAGUUCUAGUUCUAGCAUUGAAACUAAAAAUGUUGAAGGACUAAGUAUUGAUGACUUUGUCAAUUUUUUGCUUCUUGAUGAUUUCAAUGGUCCCUUAAAAGAUGAGGUACAUCAUGAUAUGAAUGCUCCCUUGUCACAUUAUUUCAUGUACACAGGACACAAUUCUUACCUUACUGGAAAUCAAUUAACUAGUGUGAGCAGUGAUGUGCCGAUUAUAGAGGCUUUGAAACAAGGUGUACGAGUUAUUGAACUUGAUUUAUGGCCAUCUUCUACUAAAGAUGGUGGUAUUAAAGUUGUUCAUGGAAGGACUCUUACCACUCCAGUUGCACUAACCAAAUGUUUGGAAUCCAUAAAGAAACAUGCUUUUAUCAAAUCUGAUUUUCCAGUGAUUCUCACUUUAGAAGAUCACCUAACACCAAAACUUCAAGCUAAAUUUGCACAAAUGGCUAUUGAAAUAUUUGGCGAAAUGCUUUAUUGUCCCAAGAUAGAUUAUUUAACAGAAUUUCCCUCACCAGCCUCACUCAGAAACAUGGUAGUUAUAUCAACUAAACCACCAAAGGAAUCUCCUCAAUCAGAAGAAACCAGACAUGAUGUGUCAAAUGGAAGUGAAUCUUCUGAAGAUGAAUUAUGGGAAUUACAAGAUUCUAUGGCUAAACUGAAAACUAGUGACAAGAAUGUAAGCGAUGAAGAGAAGCUAGAAGAUAUAAAAACAAGCGAUUACAAAGCAAACCAGCAAAGUCCGCGCGGAUACAAACAUUUGAUUACAAUCCAUGGUGGAAAAUCACAAGGUACUAUGAAAGAUAGACUAAAAGUUGAUGGUGGUAAAGUUAGAAGACUAAGCUUGAGUGAGAAGAAACUCAAAACUGCUUCCGAAUCUCAUGGACCUGACCUGAUUAGGUUCACACAGAAAAAUAUUCUCAGAAUUUUUCCUAGAGGAGAACGCGUUCAUUCCUCAAAUUUUAAGCCACAUUUAGGGUGGAUGUAUGGAGCUCAGAUGGUUGCAUUCAAUAUGCAGGGUCAUGGUAAAUCGCUCCGGUUGAUGCAAGGGAUGUUCAAAGCAAAUGGAGGGUGUGGUUAUGUGAAAAAACCCGAAUUUCUAACUCAAGAAAGUGCACAUAAUGAGGCUUUUGAUCCUAAAAAAACACUACCAGUGAAGCAUAUAUUAAGAGUAAAAGUAUACAAAGGAGUUGGCUGGAGAUCAGAUUUUAGUCGAACGCACUUCGACCGAUUCUCUCCACCAGACUUUUACACAAAGGUUUGUAUUGUUGGAGUGGGAGCUGAUAGUGUGAAGAAGAAAACAAGUGUAAAAACGGACAACUGGUAUCCUGUUUGGGACGAAGAGUUCGAAUUCCGUUUAACUGUUCCGGAGCUCGCGUUGCUUCGUAUCGAAGUAAAAGAUAAAGAUAAGACAACAGAUGAUUUUGCUGGACAGACAUGUUUGCCUGUAUCAGAACUAAAAUGCGGGUUUCGAUCGGUUCCUUUGUGUGACUUAAAGGGAAAGAAAUUUAACUCUGUCAAGCUUUUACUUCGCUUCCAACUUGAAACUUAA